AAGAACCUCACUUGCUCGCUCGCUGUCACGUCUGAGUCUAUACUGCGGAACUACUACUCUUGCGGGAAAUUUGCUGAAGAUACUGUCACUCCAGGAAAACGCUACAAUAAUGCCGCAUACGGGACAAGCUGGAGUCAACCAACUCGGGGGCGUUUUUGUCAACGGACGACCGCUACCUGAUUUCAUACGUGCACGCAUAGUGGAACUAGCCCAUCUCGGUGUCAGACCUUGCGACAUUUCCCGGCAGCUACUCGUCUCCCAUGGCUGUGUGAGCAAAAUACUGACGCGUUAUUAUGAAACUGGUUCUAUUCGACCAGGAAAUAUUGGAGGAAGUAAGCCUAAGGUUGCGACCCCGUUAGUUGUAAAGAAGAUAUUACAGUACAAACAAGAAAACCCCUCAAUCUUUGCUUGGGAAAUCCGUGACAAAUUGUUGCAAGAAAGAGUUUGCGAUGAAAAUACAAUUCCUAGCGUCAGUUCCAUCAACCGUAUAUUACGUAACAGUACUAAUAGCAUAGGCGAUAAGGACUUGAUUCACAGUCAGUUGCCUCCAGUUCUUCAAACACUCCCCGCACCGACUCCACAGAAACCGACCGACCAUACACUGGCAAUGUCACGUCUUCAUGGCAUACACGGUGGCGUCAACAGGUCCCACUCUAUCGAAGACAUUCUGAACCAACAACAGCAGCAGAUUGUGACUUCGCCUCUCAGCUCUUCGUCGUUCAUCAACACGCCGUUGCCUACCUCAACCACUAUGGCAAUGUCACCGGCGGCCAUGCAGACAUCCUGCGCCUCCCUUACCGGCGACGACAAACGACUUAACGGUGGUCUAAAGAGAAAGCGGUCGGUGGACGAGCCUCAUGCCUGGACUACUGUCAUGAAAGGCGACAACGAUAAACUUGCUCAGUCUGUGAAUAUGAACGGUGCAACCACGAUGAUGUCACAUCCCUGCACAGUGACGUCACCUAUACCUGGAACAAUUUCUGGCAACGUAGCCACGUCACCCGCCAUGAAACACACGAACGAUGUGAUAGCGCCACCAGCGAAGAAAAUGUGCGAGGUUCCUGCGAUGACCAAACUGAGCCCCUCAAUGACGACAAAUUUGACGACAUCUGACAACAGUUACGCUCACCACCGCACUUUCAGCCGACCGGAUUUACCGAUCACCACCUGUGGGCCGGUCCUGAUGCCUCCGACAAUGUUACACUUUCACCCACCAGUCACCACUGCCUCUUUCACUCGCCCUCCUCACUACCAGUUUCCAGCAUGCAACAUGUCCUCUGACUGGGGGUACACGCAACUGACGGCUCAGCACAAGCACUGAAUAUAAUUCCAUUUAGAACUUGGGAUGGAACUCUUUGAUUGGUUAGAAAUGAUCACGUAAAGUGCUGGUGACUUUCAAUAUGCAAAUGAACUGCAUGUAAAGAAUGUGGACAAACUAUUGCCCCUUCCACAUUUUUUUCUUUAUGUAACACGAGAGAGUUCUAAAACCCCUCAGUUGUUCAUAGACAAAAGUACGACAUAUCAGAAAAAAUGAGAACAUCGGAAAUAUUACAGUUUGAUAUUUGAAUGUGUUUUUUUUAAAGAAAAGUUUUUAUUUAUAUAAUAUAUACUGAUAUUUAUUGAACUUAAGUUGAAUUUUAUCUUUUUAUAACGAAUUAUCUGUUUAAUUUAUUGAAACUAUUUUUCGUACGUAUUUAAUGAAACGUGCUCCCGG